AUGGAGGAGAGCAAGCUGAUCUUCAGCCUGGAUGGCCAUGAUAAAGGCCCCACCGUGGCCUUCUCCAAAGAAAAGACCAGGUCAGAUCCCAGUCUCGGGAUGGAUUUGGGGUUGGAACUUAGCCAGGGACAUCGCUCUCCGGCUUUCUUCCUUCCUCACUCUCCCUCUUCCCCAAGCUCUCUGGCCGACCUGUCGGCCACAUCGGCAGACCUGCUUGUCACCACCCACCUGGUGAAGUCCUCCUCUACGGAGCUGGAACCCAGAGAGAACAGCUCUCCGAGACCCAAACCUCUCCUCAGCCUAGUCAAGUCCCUAUCUACAGAGAUCUCCCAUCGGGGUGAACCCGAGGAUAACCUCUCCAAGUCUGACUCCAAACUCCACAUGCACCCCUGGAAGCAACUUAACCAACCCAAGAUCGCCGAAGCCAGACCCGAAGCUGGAGGAUCAGAUAUGGAUAACGCCUGGAUUUCACCCCCUACGCCAGGUAGCCUAUCUCCCACCGAGACCAGAGGCAGCUCACUGAUUGCUGAGCUGGAGGACACGCGGAGGAAGUUCUCGGAGGCCAUGCACGACCCGCUGAGCAUGCUAAGCAAGAUCAUGGGGGACGAGAGUUCAGGAAGCCCCAAGCAGUGGAAGGCUUCUGGGGCAGGGGACUCUCCUGCCUCCUUCGGGAGCUGUGGGACCCCGGUACACGGUGAAGACAGGGGUGCGGACACCCACCUCAAAUGCCGGAGGAGAACUGACGUUGAGCAUAGAGCUGUGUGUGGCGUGCCACAGAAAAGACCUAGAAAGGAUCUCCCGAAGCCGUCUCUCUCCCCAGAAGGCCACAGCAGAGACAGUCAUUAUGAGAUCUGCACCUACGGAGACUUCCUUCAAGUGGUGGAGGUCGCGGGUGGCCCCAGAAGAACGCGGCACAGCGUUUAUACCCAGCCUCAGGGCAGAAUCCCCAGGGCAUCUGUGCCUCUUCACUGGCUCUUCUGCGUGGGCCUUUUAGCCUACGGGUUCUUUGUGCUGCCCCUACCGUCCUAUGUAACAGGGCUGUCCGUGGGACUAGCCUGUGGCUUCAUGUUAGGCCUGUUGGUGGUUUUCAUGUUUGCCCCUCGGCGUUCGGCUUCCAGAAACAACCAGGGGUCUUGUUCGUACCAACCCAUGGAUGCAAGGGAGCUCAAAGGGGCGAAUGUCCUGGAGGGUUGGAUGAAUGAGAUGUACAGCUAUGACCCCGAGACCUUCCAACCCUCCCUCACCCAUUCUGUCCACGCCGCCCUGGAGGGCAGCCUGCUGCGUCUCUCGUACCCGCGUGCCAACAUCCCCCGCUGGGUGGCUUUCGACGAGACCCCCCACGAGGCCGUGUUUGUGCGCUCUUGCACCUAUCAGUUGGCUAACAGUAAGGUGUCUCUGCUGCCCCCUGUGUUGGCCCGGAAGAGGGUGUGGAACAAGAAGUACCCCAUCUGUGUCAUCCUUUCGGAGGGGGAGAAGGGGGAGGAGAGUGUUAUCGAAGGGCAGGAGGAGGGGGAGAGGACAGAGAGGCAGAUUGUCCGGGAUCCACAGGUCCCCGUCACCCUCUAUCUGUUUGGCCGGACGGGGAGAGAGAAGGAAGAAUGGUUUCAGCACUUCCUGUCCGCCUCAAAGUCCGGGCCCGAUACCUGUCCGAGCAGAGAGGAACCUAAGACAGAAACUCUAAGUAGUGGCGAGGUUGUUAAAGGAAGCACCGAGGAGCUGCGUGACUUGCCAGGGGCCAUAAAAGCAAAGACGCUAUUGGACUACAGCUCCUAUAUGACUCAACUCGUCGGCUCAGAAAGUGGAAGUCCCACCACUAGUCCCUGCCACGGUGACCAGGAAAGCCCAACAGUCCGCAAGAUGACCUCUGGUGACGACUGCGGUUCUGGGGUGAGAGUCGAAGCUGAGCCCGGGGUCAGCUCCGGAACAGCGGCACACAUGGAGAACGAGCUGGCCUGGGUCAACUCCCUGGUGGGCCGUAUCUUCUGGGACUUCCUGCGGGAGAAGUACUGGUCCGACCAGGUGGCCCACAAGAUCCAGAAGAAGCUCACCAAGAUCAGGUUGCCGUACUUCAUGAAUGAGUUGACUCUUGCUGAUCUGGACAUGGGCACCUGUCUACCUCAGGUCCUAAGUACCUCCAAACCCUCACUGGACCGCAGAGGCCUGUGGUUGGAGCUGGAGGUGGUAUACACUGGUUGCCUUCAGAUGACCCUCGAGACGAAGAUGAACCUGUGCAAACUGGGCAAAGAAGGAGGUGCUGAGGCCCACAGUGUUCCAGAGACCCGUCAAGUAGGCUCUAAACCCAGACUGAGUAUACUAGCUGAUAGUGAUGAAGAAUCGUCCAGCGCAGGCUCGUCUGAUGAAGAGGAGGUUCCUCCCGGGGAACCCCAGGGGUCUCCCGGAGAUAAAAACACACCUGUGGCUCCAUCAGAUGGGCAUGCCGGUGGCAGCACAAGCAGGAAGAUCUUGAGGAUUGUGGACAAAAUAGCCAAGUCCAAGUACUUCCAGAAAGCCACGGAGAACGAGUACAUCAAGAAGAAGAUCGCGGAGGUGUCCAACAUGCCUCUGAUGCUGACGGUUGAAGUUCUUGAGCUCUCCGGGACCCUUGCCAUCAACAUCCCUCCUCCUCCCACUGACAGGAUAUGGUAUAGUUUCCGGGUGCCCCCCAGAUUAGACCUGCGUGUGCGUCCCAUGUUGGGGGAGCGAGAAGUCACCUUCAGCCAUGUCACUGAGUGGAUUGAGAGAAAACUGCAGUCUGAGUUUCAGGAAGUGUUUGUCAUGCCCAAUAUGGACGACCUGUACCUGCCCCUGAUGACCUCUGGCCUGGACAACCCUCCCCCAUCCCACCACUCCCCUGCUCGUUCCUCGUCACGCCAGUCCUCCAUGGAGUCCCAGGAAUACCUGUCUGAGUAG